AUGUCCUCCGAAUCCGCCCCCGCACCCGCGGCAAAGAAAGGUUACCUAACAGUCUUCGCCCUCCCCACCGACCCCUCCUUUCUCCCCCCCUCCGGCUCGCACUUAAUCUUCAACAAAUGGUACAACGAGCAACACAUCCCCGACAUUCUCUCCCUCGGCUCUUCCUCCGGUUUCCGCAAGUGGGAGUAUUUGGCCAUGUAUGCGGUUGAUGAUGUGGAGAAGGCGAGAAGUUACCCGGAGAGUGGACUGUAUAAGGUGCCGUUGGAGCAUGAGAUGUUGCCUGCUGGGGGGAAGGCGAUGGAGAUGGCGAGGUGGGAGAUGGGGUUUUGGGAGGUUGUGGCGGAGAGUGGUGAGAGCGACUCCUCCAAGCAAACGGACAUCAUCGUCGUCCCCGUGGACUCCUCCGACAUCCCCGGCCACGACGUCCCCGGCGCCCACCCCUCUGCCAUCCUCGACUACUCCCGCAAGGGAUGGGAAGGACCCGAUCCCGUUCGCUCUACUCUGCUCAAGUUCAUUGCCCCUGCGCCCGGCGGAGAUGGCACGGGUUAUAAGCAGUAUUUGGCUGUGCACGAAGUGGAACCUAACACGGAAGAGACAGUCAUGCCCGAGUUCAAGACGGUGAAGUACAAGCUUUUUAAGAAGUUUGGGGUUUGA